UGAACUGUUUUCAUUCAAUAACAGCUUGUUUUUUGGUGUGGAGCUAUUCAGUCAAAUCGUAUUACGUAAGUAAUAUUUUGAUUUAAAAGAAAUAACAUGUCGUUUCUACUGAAACGCACCGUUGGGGCUAGCAGUAGUAUAGGACGUAAUAUUCUGAAGAAUUUAAAAAACCCAGUUGUCGUACGCAUCGCUACAAAAGCUGAUCAAGCUGCUCCUCCAGCAGAGACAAGACCGACUGUAGCCAAAGUAAACCCUCUUCAGAAGAGUCAUUUAGUAGAUUUUGGAAAAUAUGUUGCUGAAUGUUUGCCAAAAUACGUACAGAAAGUGCAACUAACGGCAGGCAAUGAAUUGGAAGUUCUUAUUCCUCCAGAAGGUGUCAUUCCAGUGUUGCAAUUCCUAAAAGACAAUCACAGCGCCCAAUUCACAAACCUCGUGGAUAUAGCCGGCAUGGACGUACCUAAUAGACCCCACAGGUUCGAGAUUAUAUACAACUUGCUCUCGCUGCGCUAUAACGCCAGGAUUAGGGUCAAGACAUACACUGACGAAUUAACCCCUGUAGACUCCGCCAAUGAUGUAUUUAAAGCUGCUAAUUGGUACGAGAGAGAAAUCUGGGAUAUGUACGGCGUAUUCUUUGCGAACCAUCCUGAUUUGCGAAGAAUUUUAACUGAUUAUGGUUUUGAGGGACAUCCCUUCAGGAAAGAUUUUCCACUCAGCGGCUAUGUGGAGGUGCGCUAUGAUGAUGAACAGAAGCGUGUGGUUGUGGAGCCACUAGAGCUGGCACAAGAGUUCCGCCGCUUUGAGUUGAGUGCUCCAUGGGAACAGUUCCCAAACUUCCGCAGCAACCCCGCUUCGGAAGAAGUUGUCAAUCCAGCAGAAGAAACACCAAAACAAUAAUGUGUGUAUUAUUAGAUAGUUCACUUAUUCAUGCCCAUAAAGUGUACAAAAGUUAUGAUUCUCUUACUUUUUAAGCUUCCGUGUUCUUUUAAUAAAACAGAACCGUAGAAUAUAAUUGUAACAGGAACCCCAUGUAUACAAUAUUCAUAUUGGACUAUCGUAAAGAUUUUUGGCAUUUUGUUGAUUUAAAUUGGUUAGGAUUCAUAGCAAUGACCAUGUAAAACAUUUGUUACUGAUGUAUAUCUACUGCUGCAUUCUUUUAUUUUGUGUCUGUCAUACUUACUUGUAUUUCAUGACUUUGGUGUUUCUGUAUUGAUGCAUAGUAUACCUUCCUCUUAGA